AUUUAGGAGGUAAUCCUUUCGCUAUCCAUUAUUAUCACUCACUGCAAGUGUUUUGUUUUUAUCCUCGCCACUUGUUAAUGACUUCAACGCUUUGUUUUGAAAUUCUAAAUAUUAAUCUAGAAAGCUUUUAAUCACUUUAACAUCAUUUAAAUAAUUUUAUCCGCCGCCAUAAUAUGUUUUUCAUCAAUCUUCUCAACUGUGCGAAUGUCACGCUCUUGCAACAAAACUUCUGGCAUUUCCUCACAGAAACGUCAGAAACUGGCCACGGCGACAUCUGCUGUCCAAGUUAUGAUAUAUCUGCCGUCAUAUUCCUUCCAAUCUUAUUGUCAACUCGUUCGAGGUGAACGUCAAAUGUCGCGUGUGAUUCUAAUCUCCAUUUACUCAAUUCUUCAUUAGAAUAUCCUACAUUCUCAAAGCUAUUAAGCGCAUCGUUCCUCAUUAAUUAUUCACGUAUAUACACGUGAUGUUCUUCUCUGGUUUUUUGCGCUUAUUUUUUUGAGGGGGGCAGGGUGGAGUGGGCAAUUACCCCGAAAAAAUUCCUGCACAGCAAAAACGACUGAAAAAAAAAAUCGUGCAAGAGGAGCCAUGGGAAAAAAACCGAGCAAGUGCUUUCUACAAUCCUGGUUCUGUGUGUGACUUUAAAAAGAUUCUUGCACAAACUAUUGUCUACCAAAAACAAUCAUGCACAACGUAAGGGUGAGAAAAAAAUUUCAUGAACCAGAAAAUUGCCCACCUCCCCACCCCCUCAAAAAAAUAAUGGUCCUUCCUUAACUGCGUCUGCGUGUGUUUGUACGCUAGUGAAAACCAGCCUUUAAGCCUUUUCAUUUCUUUGCCAUUGUUCUGGUCCCUAACCACAGUGGCCUAUUCAUAUCUAUUUUUUUCAUUUUCUUAGUCUUUACUCUACCAGCCACUAAUUCUCGUGUCUAUCUCUUUCCCUCUGUCUGACCUGACGCGAAGAUGACAUAACAGCGAUAAGAGGUUUAUCAUUGUCGGGGGCAUAAAUAGAAGACACUAGAAACCAUGAUGUCAAAGUGGAAACAAAUUUCAUCUCUUGUUCGCACCAAGGCAUUGGUUCCCUCCGUGCUGCCGUCAAGUUACACUUUUACCCCAAACAAAGAAGAAGUUAUCGAGUCAAGAUUCCGGUUGCGUUACAGCACCACGUGUAAUAGUUACUAUAGAGACUGGUCAGAUGCUAUAGACCCCUCCUCACAGGGGGUCAUCUCGGGAUGGGACAAGGUCCUGUACUCUGUGGACUCCGUGCAUCGGCAAAUCAACGAAGAAGCUGGGCAGGUUUAUUUGGAGAGAGUGCCAGGCGCCAAUACAGGCUGCGUCAAAUGGCGCAUCAAUUUUGGUUGCUGCGGUCUGUUGGUGGAUGAGGUAACCAUUCGGCUGUCAUGCGUGGAGGACUACGGUGGAGAGGUGGUCGCUACUCUGAUGGGGACCCCGGGACAGAAACGGGUCAGGUACCCGAUAGGAAGUGAUUACGUCACAUACACUGAACUGGAGAAUUCAUCGGAAUUGGCUCUAACUGUUCAUUUCGUGGGAGAGCCUGGCCAGGUUACUCGGCUGUUUCCACAGAGUAUAUUACGAGGCAUGGGGUAUCCGCUUGACAUUCAGGUUAUACUUAAGCCGGCGCUUCAGUCAUUAGGAAGGCCCAGAAUCCUUGUCGGGCUGCUCUACAGCAGUUCACAAGAGAUUGAAGUGGAUGGAAGGCAUUACAAGCAAAACACCACUAACACAGGCCAAGGAUUUCUUCAUAUUCAUCUGCUGAGGGGAAUGGAUUUACCGCAAGGAAAACAUGGCUUGCCAGAGCCUUUCUCUAAGUGUUAUCUUCUACCUGAUGCUAAGAAAUCGACCAAGUGUAGAACAAAGGCAAGAAAGGGAAAAGACCCGCUGUGGAACGAACAGUUCCUUAUAGUAGGCGUCAAUUUUCACGACGUAAAACGCCGAGCUCUAGAGAUCUGCAUUGCCGACAGCCAUACUUCAGUCGGAAAGAAGGCGAAGCUUAUCGGAGGUGUUCGACUCAGUCUCGGCUACAAAGCAGUCGUAGCUCAGCAAACCAAACAAGUCAGUCAAGUGCUCCAGUUUCUUAAAGGGAAGGGAGGGGUGGGUGGGGGAAGGAGGAUUGACAAUGAAGAAAUAGUGGGGACCAGAGAGAGGAAAGUGUCUUUCAGCGACAAAGACACUGUAAUGGCAAAUGUCAACUCGAGCUUCGCCAAGUGGAAGAGAGCUAGUGGGAAGCCUUUAGCAGCUGACAACAAAGACAAGGGAGGAAAAGAGGAGAAAGACGCAGGCAAUGCUGAUGCAGGAGUAAAUAACAAAAUAGGAGAAGAACAAAUCACUGUCAAUGAGCCGGCAACAAAGGACGAAAUUUCAGAUGAUGUAACGAAGUCGACCGCUGCAGAGAAUGAACAACAAAGUGCCUCUUCCACUAGCACAGAAGACAUGGCAGUGCCCUGGGACCCAAUCCCAGAUCCCUCUAUGAAUUCAGAGCCGGAAUCGGGUUCAAGCCCAGAUGCUUCGGCUGCCGAGAAGGUGGACAGAGAAAAAGAACGUUCAGCUGAAGAGCGACUAUUUCAGUCAGUAUUGACCUCCAUAAAACAGCUGGAGAUCGCGGCUUGUUCUAGCGUCACGCUGGAGUCCAGCGAAGAGAACGAACUUUGUAAUGAGCAUGGCAAACAAGACGAGUUGAAAGGGGUCAAUCCUAGUUUGAUGGUCACAAAAGUUAGUCUUAAUAAAGAUCUUAGGAAAGAAGAGUUCGAGAAACAGGUAUCCCAGGAAAUUUCCACCCAAAUGAUUGACUGUGAAGCGAAACAAGAAGAGAGUGGUUUAAAGGAAACUGAAACUCUACAAGGAGGCGAUUUACGUGAUGACAUCAAGAAAGUAAAUGAGAUCAAUGAAGGAGACACAGGAAAUUUGCAGCAAGUUGCUAAACAAUCCCAUGAUGAAGAUGACUUAGGAAAGAAUGGCUUGAAGGAGAUUGAAAUCCAAGGAAACGGCAACCUCAUUAAUGAGCAAUUCCUGUUAAAUGAUGCAAAGGAAGCCAACGUGAUCUCAAAACCCGAACUCGAGAACGGCGAAAAUCCACUGGACUCAAAGGAACAACAUGGCGACGAAUUUUGCACAAAAGUUAAGGAGGCUAUAACGACAGAGAAAUCCACAAAAGAAGAUAGCCCGCUGAGCUCUGUCAUGACCGAGACACCAGGAGCGGAGAAAACUCUUGAAGGAAAGUACAACGGCAACUCCGUGCCUCCCAAUCAAGAAGUAGAAGUAGUAGAAACUCAAAGAAACGAACACCCUAAAACUCAGCGGGCGAUGAAGAUGAUAUCUGCUGGAUCAAAUGAAAUGAAGCGCAGCCCAUCGUUUACUUUCAAAGACCUCGCAAAGAAACUUAGCUCGGGGCGAAGGAGCCGAUCAGAUAGCGAGGAAAGUGGGUCGGAGACUGGGCUAGAGACGAAUGCAAACAAGAUGAUGUUGGACGCUGAAGGCCUGGAAAUAACGCAAUGGACUCUGGUGGUUGAUCGACCUAAGCAGUGGCACUACUGUUGGCAUAUCUUGAGACCUGAAAUGACCAUCUUACAUUAGACAAUAAAUAUAGCACAUGGCUUGAUAUAAAGAGCAACGCUAAGUCAACCAGCUAAACUAUUAGUGUACCGCUAGUCAAGGGAAUCGAAGGCUCUUCGCAAGUGACCAUACGGAAGCGGUUUAGUCACAAGGCUCUGUAAAAGCGUCUGCACCAUUCUAGAACAGGUCCUGCCGAAAUCAGGAAGCUAUCACGAUUAUUCACAAUGAAAAGAUGCCAAUCAACCAGGUGUCCACUCCCACUUUGGUCAGCAUUGACCGAGUAGUCUAAAGAGUCUGGCUACGAAAUUGAAGCAGCCUGUAAAUAUCAGCUAAGGACAUAAGUUGUCUACUACUGAAUCGUAAAUUUUUCAUUAAGACACUCCCUUGAACCUCAGUUGUCACUGGAAACUUUACCUCUAUUGAUCCUUUGCGGUGCUUUCUUUUGUUUCAAGAAUCAAUUAAUCAACCCGCUCCAAGAGGCCCGGAUUUUUACGGCUAAGCCACGUAUAGACUGGAGACUUACCUUUGACAAGCGAAGACUGACCUAUGGAUAAUCAUAAUAUUCAAUGCUAAAAUAUAACAAUUCUACGUAUAGUUAAAUUAAAUUAUCAAUUGUUAAAAGUUACCUAAGAUAUGUGCGUUCUGGAUUCGUUUUUUGCAGAGUGUUAGAAUGACUCGUCUCUUUAAUGCAUAGUAUAUUCACGUUAACACAAAACAUAAAAGUACCCAGUAGAAAUUAAGUGAACAGCAGUAGACCAUUGCACAAGGAAACAAGUAUCAACCAUUGAAUAAUUGUCUCUUCAACAAAGAAUUUACCCACCAUUUUUUACGGAAAAUUAUCCACUACAGUUGGCUUUCCUUUUAUUGUACCACUCUCCUAAACAGACGCAAACAUCCUCACUGGGGAUCCCUUUUAGCUCCUUCAGGGGAGCAGCCGAUUUUUUAUCUGGGGCACCGCUAUUAAAAUCUUUUGGAUUCAAGACGGAAAUAUUUAAGAAAGAAGCUGGGGAUCGAACCAGUAAAUAGAGCUCAACCGAACUUGAAGUUCCUACAGACCUCGCUUGGUUAUGAUCAGUUUUUUUUUUCUUUUUGCUUCUUCCGUUGAGUGUUCGAAAAUUUUAACACAAUAUUUCCCAUAUCUCUGCCGACCUUCACCCAUACCUCCGCCCCAUGCACCUGGACCGCGCAGUGAGAAGCUAUGUUCUUAGCGCGAUGCCUUAACAAGCAGACAUAGCCACGUUCACACAUUUAGUCUCCUGCGUAAUAGUCUUUUAAGGUCUAGAUUACUGUAAUAUAUUCAACACUUUCUCUGAGAAAAAAAAACUUAAAUAUUUUUUCUUCAUUUAUAACUGAGUUGAAUUUGUUUCGCUUAAACAUCGAUAAAUAAACUAUAAGAGCGACUAAUUUUAACUAUAUAUAGAUAAUAAAAAUUAUAUUUAACUUGCGUAGACUAGUAGGAAAUAUUUGGGAUUAAAUAAUAAAGACGCUUCAUAUUUAUUUGUUUGUCCGUUGAGUUCAAUAAAGAGAGAAAUGUCAUGUUUAUGCCACUGCAUAGAGUGUUUUUCCAGUUUUUAAAUAGUUUUUGGCGUACAUUCAUGACAUUGAUGAUUCAUGAUUCAUGAUCCCAUAAAGACCAUAAAACUUUUAAAAGUGAAGACAUAGG